AUGAGUGAACAAAAGAACCAACAUAAAGUCAAAAAGACUCGAAAUAGGGUACCUACUUCAUGCGAAUAUUGCAGGAAACGAAAAUUAAAAUGUGACCGUCAAAAACCCUGCUCUAAUUGCGAGAAGGCUAAGCAUCCUCAGUUGUGUAUAUAUGCAUCUUCGCCAAAAGAUGCUCCAAAGAGAACGCCAAGGGUAAACUUGAACAAUGAAAUCAUCAAAUUGAAGCUACAUAUCAAUAAGCUAGAAAAGAUAUUACAAAUAAACAACAUUGACAUUUCAAGUUAUUACCAUAUGAUGCCGCAAUUAGAUCGAAAUGAUCUCGUCAAAGACAAUGAUGAGGACCAGAUUAUUUCGUUGACAGAGAAAUUUGAUACCAUGAUGAUCAAAGAGAAUAAGAUCUUACAUUCAGGAACAACAUCAUAUAUUACGUUUAUGAGCAGAGAUAAGCAGCUAAAUCAACUAAUGGAAUAUCAGAGAAAAAAACACUUGGCAGUUUACGAACAAUAUCAAAAUUUGCUGAAAACUAAGGCUUCAGAGCAUGGUGCUGACUUUGCUGGCAAUCAUUUACGAACCAUACUUAAUAAUCAGCUAUCAGCAAAUGAAGUUUGCCAGUUGGAGGAUAGCAAUAUACCCAUUAAAAAUAAAGUACUGACAAAUUCUGAAACUAAACUUUUGCUUGGUAUCAUUGAAACGAUAAAUGAUAAAUUACCCCCAUUGUAUGUGGUUAAUAUUCUCGUUGAUCAGUUUUUCAAAUAUGUUUAUCCGUUAAUACCCCUGAUUAAUGAAGAAAUUUUUCGAGAAGAACUUAGUUACGUUUUGAUUUCAACUCCCAAUGGUGGUUGUAAACUUGGAAUCACACAUUUCCAGAAUGCUUCUAUUAUCAGUUUACUUUUGGUUAUAUUGAGGUAUGCUUACUUGUCAGUUAAUGUUAAAGAUUACGGGGAGGACAAUAAGUCUAUCGGUAGCGAUUUUCUCAUUGCAAUGAUAAAAAGUGGAAUCAGAAUCGACUCGGACUUUAUCCUUCUUGCAAGAAGCUUGUUAAUGGCUAUCCCAGGUGAAGAUAGUAUUUUCAAAAAAAUUACUCUAAGAAACGUUCAGGUGUUGACUUUCUUGAGAUUAUAUCAUGUUUAUGCUCCUGAAAUGCAUGAAGAAAAUAGAGAACAAUCAUUAACACUUGCACUAAUUAUCCAAAUGUGCAGAUCUUUUGGUAUUAAUAGAGAUCCUUCUAAUUUCCCACAAGUUUUCUGUGAUCCACGGGAAAAUACAGUAUGGAGGAGAAUUUUUUACAAGUUGCUUUCACUUGAUGUCAAUAAUGCAUUUGAAUGUGGCUGUCCCCUAAUAAUAUCAGAUUAUGAAUAUGAUAUAAAGUUACCAACAUUAUCGCACGAUAACAGUAGACUUUUGAUGGACUUCAAGAAGGGAAUAAAGGUUUCACAAUCAGGCGAAGAGAUAAAACGUUUAGUCGUUGAAGAUGCUAUUAAUAAAGACAUCGCAUUAGAGUACCAAGCCAUCAAAUUAGUUAGAGAGGCAUUGAACCAGUUUCAGAAUUUUAGCGGUUCGACAACUAAAACGAAAUUAAUUGAAUCAGUUAGAAAAAUUCAAGAUUUUAUUGAUCACAGAAUUCCAAGCUUCUGGGAAUACUUGUAUGAUUCUACCAGUGCCAAUGAUUUGGAAAGCCUAUACGGUGUUCCAAAAAUUAGAAAGUUUGAAAUUAGAUUAAUGUUACAAACUUACGUAAGUGGAUUUUAUUAUUUGAUUUAUUUGAAUGAUCAAGAUGAAAAGGUUGAAAAUAAAGAUAAUUCUGAACAUGCAAAUGGAGGUUCUAACGAUUUCCACAGUACACAGGAAACAUUGAAGCGCAAAAGUCUGAAAUACUCAAGCUGUAACGUGAGAGCAAUUGAAACAUGUUUAACAAUAUUGAAAAUCAACCAUGAUUAUACCAAGUAUAUGACCCAGUCUGUUACUCUGGAUGGCGAUUCCAAACAAUAUAAGGCAUUGAAAGCAUUUUCAGCUAAAUGUGAUUAUUUUGUGCUAAGCAGAAUCCAAUGUUCAUUCUUUCGUGCAUUUUUUUUCUUGUGUUCUAUUUUUUUAAGAGACUUCGCAGAAAAUAACAACUCUGUUGCAACGAUGAUGACAAAUUUUAGCAAUACAAUUGAUGCAACAGUUGCACUCAAAUGGUUCAACAUGGAAUACGAAUUCAAAGAUAAAAAGCCAGAAAAUGAAUUUUGCUUUUUAUUAUUUCAAAGAGUCAAAAGCUUGUUUUUUUUCAAUCACUCUUUAAGGUCAGAAUGCUAUUCAUCUUGGAGAAUUUCAAUGGUUAUUAAGAUGUUCAUCAAUUUUUUCAAAGAGAAAAGCAUAGAAGAAUGUUCAGUGUAUUUAAAUCCGCAACUGGUUUCUCCUGAAGAAGAAGUUACGCCGGAGCUAGUAUCUAACGGAUCAACAGCAGAUUCAAACUAUCUCAGCCGCACCGAUAAUUAUACUAGUAGCAGUACGGAUAGAAGCUACGAAUCACGACCAGGGAAAACAUACGCUGUGAACAAUUUUUCAAUCGAUGAUUAUAUGGAUAAUUUCAUGGAUACCGUUGUACCAGAUAAUAUUCAAAUGGAUAUCAACAAUAAAGAUGUUGAUUUGGAUGACUUAAUAUCUGAUAAUUUUAAUGAUGUGCUUAACGAGAUGAUGGAUGAUAGUGAGAAGAUGAAAUGUGCUGCUGUUUCUCAAGGUCUGUUUAAUUAUGAUGUGGGGAAUAAUUUCAACUAUGUAAAAUUCAACAUUAGCGAUGAAAAGAGACGAUUCGAGAGAGCCAUGAAUGACAUAGUACCCAGUGGCACGAUUGAGACGUCCCCAGUGAAUGAUACGUCAAUUUCUAAAGCUACUGAUCAAAUGGGCACGUCUUCAUUUAGUACUGAAGGGUUUACUAUCCCUUCCAUAACACCUGUUAAUUCAGUUCCAACUCCUGCAUUCAAUAUGUAUUCAGAUGAAAUGAAUUUCCCCUCUAAUCUUGAAGAUCUGAAUUUGUUCAAUAGUAAUGGGUCGAAACAGAGAGACGAUAGCAAAGAUCCAACACUUUUCAAUUAA